UUGUCGAUUAAUUCAUUGAGUAAUUGUUUCAGCUCUACUUUUCCUUACAUUACUACAAAUGAAGAUUUAAUAUUUAUAUGCAACCAGUCCCAGUGUCCACCCCUCACAAACUCAAACUUUGUGGCUUGUUGACAGUUUGCAUGAGUAAGAGCACAGGUGUAAAUAAUCAAGUUAACGACGAGCUCCAUGUGGCUGCCCUAUGUUUCUGAGUUAAUAUUAUCGGUAACACACCUGUGUGUUUCCUGCCAGAGCAAUGUCAAGCCUGUGAGGGAGAUAGAGGACAAGCGUGUCUGUGGGUUAACACUUUCCACCACAGCACUUUUAAAUAAAUAACAAAAGGAAGUAAUUUGUGUGCUGGCGCGGGAACAUCAACAUUACAGUAUCAUGGCCCAGUGUGAUCACAGAGAAGAGAACCAGAGCUCCCUGUGCAGCAGCGGCGACAUCCUCGCUAAUCUGCACUCCUACUUUGGGAAUCCUCAUCUUGUGAAUAAUUUAGUAUCACAUAUAUUAACCACAGAGACAAGAGAGCAGCUUCCUUCUCUGGAGGCCGAGGAUAGUGGGAGCCAUGAUGAGACCAGUGACCCCAUGAACCAGCUGGACAAUGGCAGUUCUUGCACAGACACGUCUUCUGCUGUCCGGUCAGUGGCUUUAACACACAUGUGGCGUUUUGGGAAAAUGCUAUCUGUGGCAAAGUUGUUCUCAGCUCCUAGACUUGAUGAAGAUGUCUCAUCUUUGUCCUUGUUAGAUGAGGAUAAGACCGCAGAGGGGGAAGGAAAGGAAGACGAGAAGCAAGAGCUGAGAAUAUCAUUCCAGUCAAAGUACAUCCAGAUUGUGCCACUGUAUCAGGAUUAUUGUCUGCAGGAGGUGAAGAGGGGAGUGCACAGGCUGGACAAGACCUUUCUGUCUGAACUGAUAUCGCCUGAGUUUGUGCAGGGUCUGCACUCCCGUCUCAGCCCCUUUCUGCCUGCUGAGGCCACGUCCUCUCCAUCACGACUACCUGAAGUCGCCCUGUCCUCGCCUCCACCUCAGCCUCUCAGGGUAACGCCAUGUACACUGUGGCACGAUCUGGACGAGGUGAAGGCGUCUGGCCUGCUCGACCGCUUGACCCCCAAAGAGAUUCGCCUUCAGGAGUCCAUGUUUGAGUUGAUCAGUUCCGAGGCGUCUUACUUGAGGAGCCUUGGAGUUGCGGUCGACCACUUCUACGCGUCCAAGACUCUGAAGCGGACCCUGCCUCAGAUGGAGCAUCACAUUUUAUUUUCCAACAUCCGUCACGUCAGGGCAGCCAGCGAAAAAUUUCUCAUGGACCUGGAGAUACGACUGGGAGAGUGUGUGUUAAUAUCUCAGGUCGGGGACAUCGUUCUCCAGCACGGCCCAGAGUUUCACAAGCUCUAUGUGCCAUAUGUGACCAACAUGAUGUAUCAGGAGGCUCUAGUCAACCAGCUGCUGCAGCAAAACAGAGACUUUGUGUAUUCACUCAAGAGGCUCGAGAGUGACCCAGUGUGUCAAAGACAGAACCUCAAGUCAUUCCUCGUGCUUCCCUUCCAGAGAAUUACCCGCAUUAAGCUUCUACUGGAGAACAUCCUGAAACUGACAGAACCAGACUGUGACUCAGUGCCAAAUGUGGAAAAAGCAAAAGAAGCUGUUCAUGAGAUUGCGGCAGAUUGUGACAAGGGCGUUCGAAAAAUGAAGCAAAUCGAAGAGCUGGUCUACCUUGAAAUGCUGCUGGAUUUUGGUAAAGUGAAGUCCGUUCCUUUGGUUGUAAGUGAGCGUUUCCUGGUGCAUCAAGGUCCCGUGAGACAGCUGACCUUGGAGGGCACUUACAACUCCAGGCCAUCAUUCGUCAGUGUCUACCUCCACCUCUUCAAUGACCUACUCAUCAUCUCUCUUAAAAGGGAUCAAAGGUUCAUAGUCAUGGAUCACACCGUGUUCCCUACACACGUGCGCAUUGAGCACCUGAAGACCGAAGUCCUGAGUUUACCCCCAGAAUCCUUCCUGCUGCAUCUGUCACACAGCCGCACAGGACAUCCCACCGCCAUGAUACUCGUGACAAACACAAAGGCAGAUAAAGAGACAUGGAUGAAGCUGCUGUCAAGUACACAGUGAUGGAACAUGAGACUUUAGAUGUCACGCUUUUUUUUUUUUUUUUUUUACUUGCGCACUUCCAGUUGUGGUAAUUGACGCUCACGUUGUUCACCGUUGAGAUUUAUCUGCACUGAAUGUUCUAGACAAAGGAAAUGUGACGGCACUGAUGAUUCAAAUAAGCACUGAACUCUCCACACAGCAGACACACAUGAGGUGAAGGGAAACUUUUAUACUUUUU